UCCAAGAUCAAGUUCACUCGACGCUGUUCAUUUAAAAGCUCGCCUAGGGAAAUUUUGAAAUAAUCGAUUUCAGACAACCAAUUCGCUUAAAACGAUCUACUAGCCCAGAUCUGCGUUCAAACCGCAGCAGUGCUUCGACUUGAUUUGGAGUAGGCUGUGGCGGUGCAUCGAUCGAACGCGAGACAGUUGACGGCGCAACCAACGCGCGAAAGACAAUUGAAGAUCGCGACGAAACUCAAGGCAACUUUGAUUUGAUUUGAAAUGCGCUGAUUUGCAUUCGGUAACAUGAUCGAGAAGCUGAUAAUAAUGCAACGAUUGAAGGUUAUCUUAAGUGUUGAUGGACUAGGCAUUGAAUGAGGAUCAUCUUCUGUGGAGAUGUGGAAGUGCUUGGGAUUAGGUGUUGUGUUUCUCUUGUUCUUGGAGAAUGGAGAGUGUUACAGGAGAGGGAGGAAGCCUACAGUUUAUGAACAUACUUACUAUGAGGAAGAAGGAAACAAGUUCCUGUGCCUUGUGCUGGGGCUGUGCGCCUAUUUUCCCUCAUCUCAGACCAAAAGUAACAUGAAGGUCAUUUACAAAUGGAGUUACUUAGAAUACGAGUACAAUACUGAAACUGAACGCAGAGCUGCCAUAGACUCGGAAGAGUUCAUCCCUGGAAAGGGAACACCAAUAGAUGUAAAUGUUUUUUACGGACAUCAUCCUAGUGAAAAGAAGAUGUUCGUAACUAUUCCAAGGUUCCAGAAAGGAGUCCCGUUUUCAGUAGGAACUGUGACGAACAGGACGAGGAAUGGAAAUCCUAUAAUCGCACCGUUCCCAUCUUGGGACUGGUACCGAAACGUUGAAGCUUGUGGACCAAGGAGAAUUGUAUCUGUUUACAGAAUAGCAAUUGACAGAUGUGGGAGGCUGUGGGUGUUAGACAAUGGUGUUGUGCUGGACAAGAAGGUCUGCCAACCACAGAUAUUAGCUUUCGACGUCAGGACGGGCCGUCUUGCCUACAGACACGAACUGAGUAAAGACAUCACUACUGAUGUCACACUGAUGGUAACCAUAAUGGCGGACGUGAGGGACAGCUGCGAUGACGUGUUCAUAUAUUCUGCGGACUGUCAAGGUAAUACCAUCUACGUCACGGACGUGAACAAUGACGUCAGCUGGGCUGCUAAGGACAAGACGAUGUACCCUUGGCCCCCGUAUGGAACGUACAACAUUCUUGGUCAAAAUGAAGGGUCAGGAUCGCCACAAUUCUGCAACAUUGCAUGAUAGGUUCGCUUGGCAACACCGCGUCUCGUACAUUCCAAGGCAAGGUUUCCACCUCCAUGAUCAUAAAUGAGUGAUUUUGGUCUGCACCCAUCUAGGGCUCAUUGGGGAGUGUCGUCCUGCUUCGAAAUAGCCUUUAGCUGCGUAUACGCAGACAGUGAUAAUUUGUAUUGCGUCUUUGUUACAUCUUUCGACCUUUUUUCGCAUAAGGUACAACAUUUGAUAUAAUGGAUGGUGUGCUAGGAAUGGCCCUAGACCCCUAUCAACCUGGAACGGACAGGAAGUUAUACUAUCAUGCAAUGUCUAGUCCUACAGAAAAUUGGGUGUACACUUCUCACUUGAGAAACAGGACGAUGUUUCAAGGAGGGGAGCUAUCUACGCCAGAAAUUUUCCAUACUUUCGAAGGAAAAAGAUCUACCCAAAGUGCGGCUGAAGUGAUUGACAGCAAGGGCACAAUGUACUUUGGACUCAAUGGCAAGCAAGAACUCGCAUGUUACGACACUAAGUCCGAGAACUAUGGAGCGAGGAGUAGCAUGCGAAUUAUUGAACACAACGAUGAAACUUUGCAGUUUAUCAGCGGUGUUAAGGUGGUAAAGAACUCGAAGGGAAUCGAGGAACUGUGGGCGGUGACCACCCCCUUCCAAAAAGUCUACACCGACACCGUGGAUACCAAAGAGAUAAACUUCAGGAUUCUGGGCGCCAAAAUCGAUGAUUUGGCGUAUGGCACAGGGUGUAGGCAUGGUUCAUCUCCGCUACCCCAUCACCAGACGCGACCAUACGGUCAUGGAUACUGAAAAUGAUUCUGUCGAUUCGUGGCUUGAGCUCUGUCUGAUUUUGUAUUAUAUUUUUUAUACCGACGUUUAAUAAAUUACCUGGUUUUAAUAAGCUUGA